CCAACGGCUGUGCGGCAGUCUCGACGGAAGCAAAGAUGGAGGAGUACCCUGCUAAACAAACCGAGAACCUCGACGACCCUCCCAACAGCCGCCUGUUCGUGGUCACCAGCCGGUCCAUCACCGAGGAGGAGCUGCGGGAGAGCUUCUCCGUGUUCGGGGACAUCCAGGGGGUCUGGGUGGUCAAAGACAAGCAGACCAAGGAGUCCAAAGGAAUCUGCUAUGUCAAGUUCUCCAAGUCGUCUCAGGCCUGCCUGGCCAUGGAGGAGAUGCACGGCAAAGUGCUGGCGGAAGGGACCAAACCCAUCAAGGUGUUCAUCGCCCAGUCACGGUCUUCAACAAGACACAGAGAUGUUGAGGAUGAGGAGCUGACCAGGAUCUUCGUCAUGAUCCCCAAAAGCUUCUCAGAGGAGGACCUCAAAAACACAUUCAAAGAGUAUGGUGACAUUGAGUAUUGUGUGAUCAUCAAGAAUAAGACCACAGGGGAGAGUAAAGGACUGGGCUAUGUGAGAUACUACAAACCCUCCCAGGCAGCCGUUGCUAUUGAGAACUGUGACAAAACUUACAGAGCCAUCCUGGCUGAACCUCGCACCAAAAAUACAGCACCAGAAGAGUACCCUGUGGGACCACCCAGAGGUGAUUACUCAAGCAGUGGUGGUGACUCCAUGAACCAGUAUGCCUUCCCUAUGGCUGACCCUGGCAACUACCCGGUCAUGGACUAUCGCUCCAGUGACAUGACAAGGUGCCUGAUGAUUUCAACAAGGGCCGCACUCACCCAGGAGCAGGUGUUUGCUCUGUUCGACAUCAUUCCUGGUAUGGAAUACUGCGAGCUGCAGAGAGACGCAUACGGAAUGAGCAAAGGUCACGCUCUGAUUCGAUACAGUAACCUGGGAUCAGCGGUUUACGCCAAGGAAAAGCUGAAUGGCUUCGAAUAUCCACCUGGAAACAGACUGGUCGUAAAUUUUGUUGAUGAUGGAGAGGACCGCAGCAGUCCUGUAGGUCGCAUGGCCAUGCAGUUUGUAGCAACCCAGAUGAUGUCUGCAGCGUGGAACGGCCCCUCCAGCAGCCAAGCAAUGAAACCUCCUAGUUUCCCUUCUGUCUCCCCAAUGGCCCGGAUUCAGACAGACGUCAACCUACCCUCUAUGAAGAAGCUGGCCCCACCCGACAGCAAGGCCAAGGAGCGCUUGUUUGUUGUCUUCAGCCCCUCCCCGCUGCCCCCAGAUGUGCUGGAGGACGUUUUCUGUCGCUUUGGUUCCCUUAUCGAGGUCCAUUUGGUUCCUGGGAGGAAGGUUGGAUACAUGAAGUACGCAGACAAACAGUGUGCUGAUGAGGCCAUGGCGGCGCUCCACGGUCGGGUCGUCAACGGAGUAAAGAUGAAGGUGAUGCUGGCUGAUCCUCCCAGAGAGGAAUCCCAUAAGCGUCCUCGUACCUACUAGGACCAUGUGACAGAAAUGACCGGCGACUGUUGUCAUGACACAAUGACACCUGACCUGACCGACCGACCGACAUCGAGACCUCCUCCUGACCUCUGACACGACCUUUGACACCUGUCUGACCUUACCUCUGGUCUGUGACCUUGCUGUGACUCAACAAGUCAACAGUAGCAUCCACUACUAAACUGGAGUCUUAAUCACAUACAGAGUCUGAGCAGCAACAACGUGCAGCAUGUGUGUAGUCUGGUCAGCGUCCUGCUUUUAUGCUUUUUAUUAGCUCAUCAUCUGAACCUUGACCCUGCUGUGGUUCCUGUCAGCAGCAGCAUCUGUCCUCAGAUAACCAGAGAAACACCUGAGUUAAGUUGAAAGUCUCAUGAGUUAGACUGUAGUUUGUAGCUGAGCUGUUAGAAGCUGAGUGUUCUUCUUUUCUAACGUGUGUGCAGGAGGAUGAAGAGCAGGAUGUGUAACCUGGAUCUAGACAGUUUGGGUCCUUUUCUUUUAUAGUGCGCUCUGUCCAUCCUCAUUUAAAAGUGUUUAUCACACCAACUGUAAACUUGAUUUCCUUUGUCUCACUAUAAAUAAAACUCAUUUGAACAUUCCA